GGCAGACGAUUCCAAGUCGCGGAAAUGUCAACAUGGCGGACGAAAAUAUGACAUCCGCCGUUAGCGUAGAAAGAAGUAGUAAAAUAAGUGAAGAUGUGUUUGUCAAUGGAAAUACGGAUAUCAUGGAAGAUGAUGUGAAGGAAUUAGAUGAUCCUCAAACACCAACUGAGGAUAAUUAUUCAAAUGAACCCACAAUGCCACGGAAAAGUAGCUUCAUGUGCAAAGAUGGGAGCAGAAAACCACCUCGGAAAAAGACUGUAUCAUUCAGCAGCAUGCCCACAGAGCGAAAAAUUGCAACAGCUCAAGACUGUCUUCAAUGUAUGCAGAGUGGCAGUGAGUUAAUAAAAGUCCGCUCCAACAGUCGUCAAUACCAUCGCAUCUUCACACUCAACCCCGACAUGACAGAGAUUCGGUGGCAACCCACAUCCAAAAAACCACAUAAAGCCAGAAUAUCCAUAGCAUCUAUAAAGGAAGUGAGGAGUGGUAAAACCACAGAAGCCCUGAAGAAUAAGGAGAUAGCCGGAAUCUACCAGGAUGAGUGUGCUUUCUCCAUUAUCUUCGGAGAGGACUUUGAGUCCAUGGACCUCAUCGCGAACACUCCAGAUGAGGCCAACAUUUGGAUCACCGGACUAACAUGUCUCAUAAACACAAGUGCCAAAAUUGGAACAUCCCCUGAAGCCAUAGAAGAAAUGCAGCAAAUGAGAGAUUCAUGGUUACAGGAAAUGUUUAAAACAGAGGCCAGCCAAUCAGAAGGGACGCUGGACGAGAAGGGUGUGGUUAACUUGGUAACCAAGUUAAACAACAACAUAGCUCCAGCACGGGUCCAACAGAAGGUCAAAGAGAUUGAGUUGAAUCGAGUUGAAGCUGUUGAGAGAAGGGGGCGGAUAAACAGCGAUGAGUUUGUCAGCCUGUUCAAGGAGAUUUCAACCCGGCCAGAAAUCUACUUUUUGCUUGUUCGGUAUGCCAGCAAUACAGACUACCUCACCACUGAUGACCUACUUUUAUUUUUGGAGGCAGAGCAAGGGAUGCAAAGGGUGACAAAAGACAAAUGCAUUGAUAUAAUCAAUAGAUACGAGCCCUCUAAAGAUGGGAGGAAGAAAGGCCAGUUGGGGAUUGACGGAUUUACGGAUUAUUUGUUAUCGGAUGACUGUGAUGUAUUUGAUCCAGACCAGAACAACAUAGUACAGGAUAUGAACCAGCCCCUCAGCCAUUAUUUUAUAGCCAGUUCUCACAACACGUAUUUGUUAAAGGACCAGCUACAGGGUCCAUCAAGUGUAGAUGCCUACAUUCGUGCUCUCGCCAAAGGAUGUCGCUGUGUUGAAUUGGAUUGCUGGGACGGACCAAACGAUGAACCCAUCAUUUACCAUGGACACACUUUCACUUCAAAGAUACAGUUCAAGGCGGUCAUAGAAGCCAUCGAUACUUAUGCAUUCAAAACCUCCGAAUAUCCUGUGAUACUAUCAAUAGAAAACCACUGCAGCAUCAAGCAGCAGCAGGCCAUGGCCCACUACAUGACCACUAUAUUCGGGGAAAAGCUCUGUCUGGAUUAUGUCGGGGAAAAUGAGAGUUGCCUCCCUUCUCCAGAAACCCUGAAGAAAAAAAUAAUUGUUAAGGGCAAGAAACUGCCACCGAAUUCUGAGGAUGACUAUGUCACUGAUGAAGAUGAAGGUGCAGAGUCGGACAAAAAGAAAAACAACAAAACCAAGGAUCACCCAGUAAAGAAACACAAAUUAGCCAAAGAGUUAUCGGACUUAGUCAACUACUGUGUGUCAACUAGAUUCCAGGACUUUCAAGUCUCGCAACAGAAACAGAAAUUUUUUGAGAUGUGUUCAUUCAGCGAGUCCACAGCUAUCAAGCUGGCCAUGAGUUGUCCGGAGGAGUUUGUGAAUCACAACAAGAAGUUCCUGUCCCGGAUCUACCCUAAUGGAAUGAGGGUGGACUCCAGUAACUAUAACCCCCAGGACCUCUGGAACUGUGGAUGUCAGAUGGUGGCCUUGAAUUAUCAAACACAUGGUUUAAUGAUGGAUCUCUACAACGGAUUUUUCCGACGGAAUGCGAACUGCGGAUACAUCCUGAAACCUGCCAUCAUGAGAGAGGAGAUAGCGUACUUCAGUGCCAACACCAAAGACGUCAUUCCAGGGGUCUCCCCUCAGAUACUGCACAUCAAGGUUAUUAGUGGACAGCAUUUUCCCAAACCCAAAGGUUCUGGUUCCCGUGGUGAUGUCACUGACCCGUACGUUACCAUAGAGAUUUUUGGAAUCCCUGCGGACUGUGCGGAGGAGAGGACUAAGACUGUACCACACAAUGGAUACAGUCCAAUCUUUGAUGAGAGUUUUGAGUUCCAGAUCAACCUCCCAGAGCUUGCCUUGGUCCGGUUUGCUGUGCUAGACGAUGACUACAUUGGGGAUGAGUUCAUCGGACAGUAUACUAUUCCUUUUGAUUGCAUGCAGACAGGUUUUAGACACAUUCGAUUAUGUUCCAACACCGGGGAAGAGAUUCCAAACUGUACCCUGUUCAUUCAUGUGGCCAUCACAAAUAAACGAGGGGGAGGGAAAGCCAAUAAACGUGGCAUGUCUGUGAAGAAGAAAACCAAGCGAGAUUAUACAAGUAUGAAGUCAGUCGGAGUAAAAAACAUUGAUGAAACAUUCAAGGUAGCCAUCCAGCCUUUGCGAGAUGGAACGGACCUCAGGGAUAAUGUGCAGGUAACUCUAGCAGACUUCAAGGAAACGUGUGGGUUAUCUCCCAUUGCCAACAUCAAACAGUGCUUCCGACUGAUGGGUACCCGGCUGUCCAACUCCACAGAGCAGGCCAACCUGACUCUCGUCAUGAGAGGGGAGUAUCCAAGCCUAGAAGCUCAAGGCAACCUGCCAGAUAUUCUGAAGAAGGCUCUGAUUUCUUUUGAUGAGUUGGUUGCUGAAAUCAAGAAUCUACUAGAAAAUGCAGACAAUGUGUAUGAAAAGUUACUUCAUUGCAAGAGAGCAGGGAUGGAGUGGCAUGAAGAUUUAGAGAAUGUUUGUCAACAGGCGGGACUGAAGGGCAAAAAACUAUCAAAGGCAAUGGAAAACUUCUCUUGGAAUAUCAGAGUGUUGAAGGGACAAGCAGAUCUCCUGAACCAAGCAAAGAAAGAAGGCCAAGAAUACUUAAGACAAAUCACAGAAGCAGCACAAUCAAUGGGGCUGGGAAAAUAUAACGAAAAUCAAACAGAAAUUCCGGAAUCCAUUGACAGUCCGUUAUGAUGACCUGUCCAGUGUCACUACGCUGUUCUCAGUGCUGGCGUGCCAUUCUCCAGGGAUGCAACUAACAAAAAAUCGUCUACUGAUGAAACCCAAAGGAAUCGGAAUCAUGUCUAAAAUCAACAACCCAGUUCUUGAUUCGACCUUUUUGCCAAAACCUUUCGCAUUUUUCUGUUCAGAAAUACAUGUAUGUACAUAUAUGUAGUACAUACAUGUAUGAACAUUUGUGGGUUGCUGGCCAACUCACCACUAACCAGAAUCUCAGUGAUAGUGCAUUUAGUCUGUGCAUUGCUCUCUAGACCUUGUAUCCUAGUCUAACCCCACACUUACCAUGCCAAAUGCUUAAUAUACAUGUUACUCAUAUAUAAUGGUUAUUGUUACCUGUGUUACGCGGUCCGAAGAUGAUGUAAGGGCGAUUGUUUAGUUAUAUACUGUAUUGUGAUGCGUAUUAACUUGUUACGCUGUUUACUUCCCUAUACAGAUGUUCAAUAUUCAUGACUUGCGUUAUUGUUACAUGUUAUAGAUAGGUUUAUUAAGGAAUUUCUUUACCUCUUGUAUUCUUCUUUUUUUUUGACUCUUGAUGUGUUCUCUAUGUAAUCUAGUCCACCUCUUGCCAGAUUUUGUUCCUAUAACAUUGUGAUUUACUUAUCUUGAUCUUUGAUUAGUUUUUUUCAAUAUUUUAAAUUACUGAAUAUUUUGAAGGAAGAGCAUUUUUUCCAAAAGGUAUGAGAUUUAUGUAUGAAAUAAUUAGUGACAGGUUUUAGAAUACAGACUUAUGGUUGCACUGUGGUAAUGGACUAUUAUAUAGUGUUCAGUUCACCCAGUAGGGCGGUUUUUCAAAGUCUACAUCUUUUGUCACAGACAAACCUUGACACAUUUUCACACCUACUUACUGGUUAGUCGUGGUCAAAAAUACAAAGUAGCACCAUGUCUGUUGAAGAAUAUAGGCCUUCUAAUUUAACCCAUAUCUUGAGUUAACCAAAAAUUCAAUUUCACAAUAAAAAAAACUCGAAUUGACGGUAUAUCUGUUUAUUUCGUGUGUCACAAAAUUUGUGAAAAUGGGGAUUAAGCCAAUUACGCCAAAACUGAUCUUGGAACCCUUUGAUUUUAUGAUCACAAAUAUGGUUAUCCAAAAAUAUUUUAUGAGGGUUAAAAUACUAUUGUUGUUCAUCAAAACCAGAUUUUGUCAUAAAUUUUGACAUGAAUGAGUUCUCUCUAGAAGAAGGAGAGAGGUUUAAUGCAUCAUAUUCCUCUCUCUCUCUCUCUCUCUCUCUCUCUCUGGAACAUCCCAAUUAGCAAGCUUUCCAUAACUAUUAAUAAUGUAUGGCUUAUAAAUCGAUUCUGCAAUUAAUUGGUACUUGAAUCAAUGAUGCAGUACGGUAUAUUGUGUAACGAAACCGCUUGAUUUCAUAUUAAAGAAAGAACUUGAAUCUGUGAAAAUAAAAAGGAAGCGACACAGAAUAAAUAAUUCAAAUCCAAGGGAUGACAGAGCUAUAGCAUGCCAAUCAGGCUGCCCAUUUUGUAUUUUGUAUAAAGAUGUGCUCAUUCUGCUUUCAUUUAUGCAAUAAUUUGUUCUUUCAAAAAUUUUUUUUAUCUUUUUCUUUUAUUGUGAUAAUCAAGUGUGUUUCCCCCUUCUGACGUAAAAUUACACCACGCAAAAAAGUAAUCUGACAUGGUUUAUUGAAGUUAUGUAUUGUAGAUUUUGUUUUGGUUAAAUAUUUCUUUAAUUUGUUGGUGUAUCUAUGAAGAUACAUGUAUGUUAUAGUGUUCGAGAUUUUGUUUACUAAUUGAUCUUUUUGUCUGUUAAUCCCUCCUUUUUUCUCUGUUUUAUGUAGCAUGAAAGAUAAACUUGCAUAUGACAUAUGUCAGAAUCUGUUACUGAUGAAUUUAAUUAUUUUAUGUUGAGUGAUAGAUAAUAUAAAUAUAUUUUUAUAGCCAGAGAAACCGGUAAUGUUUUAUUACAAGUAUGGGAGAGAUUGGCGUGAGAUCAGGUUGCUCUAAGAGAUAAAUCUGUAGUGUUGUUUCACUAUAACAUGUACUCUGUACUUGGAUUUAUUAACAAUUAUUUACUCAGACUUUGGAUUUGGAGUUUUUGAUUGGCAACAGAGGUCACUUUGAUCAUUUGUUUGUUUUUUGAGUCCUCUCAUAUUUUCAAUCUCAGAAUCAGUUUCUGUUAUUUUCUUGAUCAUGGGGAAUGUAAUUAAAAGAUCUUUGUGUUCAUUUACUCUCCUGAAAUUUCUAAUCUUAUCUGUUUUUAUCUCUCUUCUUUGAUCUCAGUCCAGCACAUCAGGUUUAAUAAUCUGAUACUCAAAUCAUUCAUAGUAUCUGUUUAUUUCAAAGCUUAUGAACAUGAUUGAGAAAAUAAUGCUCACUAGAUUCUGCACUUCAAUAGGACAUUGAUGAGAUAAGUCUUUUUUCUCAUUGUCUAUCUUUUCACAACUUAAUGACUUUUCACAAGGCCUGUCAUUUUUCUGUUCAGAGGUUAACACAAGUCUACUGUGUACCUAGCAACUUCGGGUAUUCUGCAGAUAUCAACAAUUUAUUUUUCUGUGAAUGGCACAUAUAAAAAAAAAAAGAAUUUCAAAUCCCAAAAUGAAUAUUUUAAAAAUGUGAUGAUUUUUGAAUACCAGAAACUAAUUUGUUUGAGAUGAAGAAAAAGAAAAAGUUUGUAAUAAUGAAUCAAACAAAAUAUAACAAAAAAAUAUCUCAUUGUAAAAAAAAGAAAAUCAAAUAAACAGAAUCCCUCUCAUGUUAAUGAUAGAUAUAUUGACAGAUGAAUGGAGUACACAGUCAAGAAAGUUUUAUUUUGAAAUAUUUACAUAAUGAUAUAUUCUGUAUAUUGUUUACAAGUAUUUGAUAUAACAAUCUCAGAAAAAUUAAUGAGAUUUCCUUAUUCAUUUUGUUGUUAUCUUUCGAUUAUGACAUUUAUGUAUAAACUAGAAUUGUUGAGGCCAGAAUGCAGGUGGCCAAUGUCUUUUAUUCAUUAGAAAGAGUAUUAUUUUAUGUGAAGAUGAUUUAUCUAUUAUAGCCAGUGUUUAGUUCUAAAUGUAGGGUAGAUUGAAUGCUAAUCUUAGUAAAGUCGUAUAUAACACUUCUUAAUACUCGCAUCAAUGCUCCCGUCAUCUUACAAUAAAGACUGAACCAUUUUAUUGAUAUCUAUUAAUUAACUUCGAAGUAUGUAAUUAAAAGCAAAUGUUCAUGAAUGUAUGACAGGAAUGAAAGAGCCCACAGCAUAAUGGUUGGUUGAUUGGACUACUAUUUUAACUAUGUCCAAGUCUUCUGUGUUAUAUUUUUUUGUUUAUUUGUUUUUUUUUUAAAUCUGUUUAUUUGCUAGUUAAUUAUCUCCAGAGCAUAAUGGACUAAAUUCUGUGUCAUUCGUUGUUGACUGUUCACUUGUUUGGUCUAUAUCAGAUGGGACUAUUGACUGUGGAUAUAGCUAUUAUUCCCCGUUACGGGUUUCCUUUGUUUCAGUCGUAUUUCUCCUUGUUCUGAUUUUUUUUUUAUUUUAACUGAUCAAUUAAUCAAUAAUUAAAUGUAGAAGUCAUCAUGAAUAUUCAUUUAGAUGUAUAUAUAUUUCUGUUUGUAAUGUCCCGAACGGAAAGAGAAAGUGCUUAAUAAUGAUGUAUUGAGAGUUUGUUGAUUGCCAGUCAAACGUUUUAUAUGAUUUCAGUGUAGAUAUAUAUAUUUUAUAGCUGGUCAUUGAAACUCUACAUCAUUGUAUUUUUGCUAUUGUUUUUGUUACAAUACCAAUAUUUAGGUCUAAUAAUUGAACGGAUGUGUUGAAAAAAUUGUAAGGCUAUCUUUUUUAUUUAGACUGAAAGGAAUAAUAUUUUUGAAAUUCUAUGCAUUCUAGCUUUUGAAUGAAAAAAAAAAACCAAGUGUUGAUGGUUUUCAUCAAUUUUUAAGGAAACGUUUUUGUUUCAAUAUUGUAUGUUGAAUAAUUUAAUAUCUGUUAUUAUUUGAAUUGUUAUCUGCAACAGUGGAUAGCGAGUAUUCUAGUGUGCAUAUAUAUUAUUCAUCUGUCAUCACUUUGAUUAAAAGCAAUAAAUAAUUGAUAAAUAGACUCAUAAAAUGAACAA